AUGUCAGGGACCGACCUGCCUGCUCUGGGCAGUCCCAGUGGGAUGACGCCUAACUUUACUCAUCCGAGAGACGCUCUUCGCACUAUUCUUUUCGUUACACAAUGUCUCUGCAUUCCCAUUGUUUCCAUCCUUGUCGUGCUUCGGUUAUAUGUGAGAUUUCGGUUCCAGCAGCAGCUAGGAGUUGACGAAUAUUUCAGCUUUGUUGCUUGGAUCCAUUUUAUGGGAUAUUGUAUAAGUGCAAUUUUGUUGUCGAAACAUGGCGGUGGUUGCUAUCAGUGGGAGCUUUAUAGAUCUGAGGUGGUAGAAUUCCUAAAGAUUUCCUAUAUUGCAACUCUAUUCUACGCUCCGAUGGCCCUCUUUGUCAAGGUCGCACUGUUAACCCUCUUAGCCCGCGUUUUCAAACCAUACCGCAAAUGGGUCAUCUUCAUCUAUGUCAACCUUGGAGUUAUUUUGACCUACGGCGGCUCGUGCCUCAACCAGGGCAAAGUCAUAGUGGCCGACUCUGUCAUGAGUGUGGUGACCGAUUUGGCGAUUCUCAUCCUCCCCUUGCCACUGACCUGGUCGCUUCAGAUGCCGCUCGAGAAGAAAUUGAAAGUUAUUGGACUUUUGAGCGCGGGAGGGCUUGCGACGGGCUUUAGCCUUUAUCGAUUGGUGAUGAUUGUGCAGGAUGGACAGUCCCCCGAUCAAACAAUGGUGUUUACUCGCGUUGUACACUUACAGGGAAUGCAGAGGGUGCCGUCGGACUGA